AUGUUUCGCUUGGCUACCUGGGUUCCAAUCACUCUGGGAGGCGCAAUUGGCACCUCAAUGUAUGCCCAGACCCGUACUAAAAUUCUGAAUGAUGUUGUCUAUUCUACCCCAGAUAUCCAGCCUGUCCACCGUCUCGGCGUAACUAACACCGGGAGGGGGUUGGCCCGGUUCAAUGGUAAGCUAGACUACCACCAGUUGAGCUACGGUUCGUUUGGUGGCAUGGUUGCAGGUUAUCUUUUUGGCAAGAUUAGUCGCGUCCUGGUUGCGCUGGUAGUGGGCAGUGUUUUGACAGUUGAGUUCUUGCAAUACCAGGGCCAUGUCGAUUUGACCCCCUGGACUAAUCAAAUCUAUCGAUGGUCCGUGAACAAAAUUCAAGAUGGCAUCGCAAUUGACGAUCCAAGUUUCAAAGUUGGCUUCGGAGCAGCCUUCCUGGUCGCAGCUAUGAAUGCCUAA